AUGACGGUCCCGGUGUCGCUCCUCGUCUCGUCGGGUAUCUGCGUCGGCGUGUCGGCGUGCUUGUCCACGGGCCUCGCGUUCCACGCCUCCUUCGCGCUCUCCCUCGUCUACCUCGUGCGCGUCCUGUCGCCGGAGCUCGUCGACGGCUUCUUCGGCCAGGUGGACGCCGUCGUGCAGGAAGACCUGCGCAACGCCCGCGCCUUCCUCAGAGAUGACCCCUUGAUCGCGCCCAUCUAUGCCUGCGCCGAGGAGCAAGCGCGCCGCGCCCACGCGUUUGCCGCGGAGGCGAUCGAUGGCCUGCAGAGGAAGGCGAGGGAGCAGAUGAGCGGCCUCACGGACGGGGCAGUCGCGGCGUUCCUCUGGCUCCGUUUGGCCGCCGGCGUAACCAAUCUUCUGGCGACCGUCCUGCUCACCGCUGCGCUCAACGAGGCGAAAAGCCGAGCGCCGUCGGUUCUGAGGUGGAGGGGCGUGAAGGGGUUCAGACCGCCGCCGAGAGAGGAGACGGAGGCGGAGGCGGAGGCGGCGACCUCCCGCUCCAAACGUGGCACCACGGUGCUCGUCGCAUGGAUCUCGGCGAUCGUCGCGUACUGCACGCUAGUGUUCACCAUCAACGGCAUCUGCAACGGCAUCACGUCGUUCGCGAUGUGCUUCCCAUGCUUCGCUGCGCUCUGCGGCUUUGCGCUCAUGGAGGCCGAGAGGGUCUACCUGUGGGAUUCGUACGUCAUUGAUACCAGGGCCGGCGGCAGCAACACGGCCAAUGCAAGACGGCGAGCUGGCAAUGCCGCGGGUGGAGCGAUCACGGAGAAGGACAUGCGGGAUGCGGGGGAGUGCCUCUGGUUCGUCAUCAUCAUGAUGCACUGCAUCGACGCCUACUUCCUCGGCCUCAUGCUGGGGAACCGGCCGUUUGUGCUCGCGUCCUUGGCCAUCUACAACGUCGCCGCCCUUGCGUCGGCCAGGAAGGCUUACCUGACGACGGACGAAGGCGAGGUCGCCGACGGAGCGCACGUGAACGUGAACAAGUGGCACGCUGCCGCCAUGACGGUGGUGGCAAUAGACGUCGCCAAGGUCGUUGCCACCUACGUCGUGCUCGACUUUUACCUCGGUGCGCUGUUGUUCGUGUCUCUCGGUGCCAAGGCGGUGUUCUUGCUGGACAGGGCGAUUUACUUGUCGGAUGAGGGUGCCUCGGAGGACGACGACAGCAAUGAGGAGGGUGCUGACCUCGCCGGCAGCGACGCUGGAGAUGCCGAAGGUAAUCAGGAGGGAGAUACCGAAGGUUCUGACGAGGAUACUCAGGAGGUUGCUGAUCUGGCUGGGGAUGUUGCCGGAGAUUCCGAAGGUUCUGACGACAUUGGUACAGAGAAUUCGAGUGACAUUGCUGCUUGCGAACAUGAAGAGGAAGAAGACUCGUCCACCGAGAAGCACUCCAAUGUAUCGGAUUCAGAGGAGCAGCGUCGUGCAGAAUCAGACUACAGCAGCAGCGGCAGCAGCAGCGUGGACGACUGGACUUUCGUAGGCGCCGACCCGACGAUGCCGACCAAUGUUAACGGUGGCGCCAACCGGAGGUUCGGGUUUUUGCCGUAG